UGUACGUGGACGUCGGCGAGGAGGAGAGCGAGGUGAAGGUGCACGUGAGACUGCAGCAGACGCUCGGGAGAACCAGCCCGGACAGGGAGUGGCGCAUUUUGGUGACGCAGGUCGACGAUGGUAGUAAAGCACCUGAGGGAUGUCUGCAGUUCCACCGCAAGAUGUCGUCCCGCGUCCGGUCCCUGAACUACGACGACAACUUUGCGGACAGUCUCAACUACGACAUCUGUUUCGACAAGUUGGAAAGGGCGAAGAGCGCCGAGGACGCCUGCACGAGGAAGGUCACAAACCUGGAGGUCACACAGCCCUCGGGAACCUAUCGCCAACUGGACCGGAGUCGCGCAAGGAGGAGCUCGAAAUCGCGAGAGCUGGCCGACCGAGCGCCGCCUGCUCAGUCUACCACUGACGGCCAAGGGGACGUCAGCGACGCCUUCUCUGAUGUCAUCAGCCUGGUCUCUAAGACGGUGGAAGAGCUGCGAAACGAAGCUGGCAAAAAUGGAGGCAGCAACGCCGAGGUCAAAGACAAGAAUUCUCUGCCGUUCCUCCUUGCGCAGCUGACAGCAGAUGCCCAGGAUGCCACGACGCUCAAGGUCGAGUCCAGCGACCAGAGCCCAACGACGACCAAGGCCGACGAGGAGGCGGCGGCGGCCACGGAGAGCGCGCCCGAAGUGCUUCCGAUCCUCUACUCCGAGGGCAACGAGGGCGUCAUCAGCCAGAUCCAGCAGGUGGUUCAGCAGCUGCAGCAGGAGCAGUUGGGGGUCGCGGCCAUGACAGUGAACGGGGAUGCCGACUCCGUGAUCCUCUCUGCCGAGGAGCCGAAGUCUCCCGCGAGGGCACCGCAGACUGAGGAAGCAGCGAAGCCACCCGAGAAGGAGCCCGCCGAGGCAGAAACCCAAGCCUCGCUCGACAACAUAUCCAGUCUCGACGGAGACAUCUUGGGCACGAACCGACUCGCGCCCACGACCAGCUCGCCCGAACCGGUGACGGACAACCUCGCCGUCGAAGGCUUUGUGUCCGAGACGGUCCUGACGCCCAACGGCUCCCCGGUGAGGAUUCCUCAGGAUCGGGUUCAGGAUGAGCGCGCGGGCCAGGAGUCCUCUGCUCCGGCGAACGGCAUGCUCGGCUUCGGCGGGGACGCGAGCAGCGUGGACAUGAUGCUGGAGAUGAUGAAGGAUCAGUUCCUCUCAGAGUACCUUGGGGGCGACGGCCCCGCGGAAGGAGGCGCAGACCAAGGCCCCGCCGAUGCCAAGAAACCGAGUCCAGACGUGAACAGGCCCCAGGAAGCGACGCAGAGCGGCGGCGCCAAGACUUCGGGCAGCACCCAGGCGGAGAUCACGGUGCUCGACCCGGAGGCCGUGCAGCACAUGGGGGACCUCGUCCUCAUCGACCGCUCCGGAGGCGACGCGGCCGAGGAGGAGGCGAUGGCCAGGACGGAGGCUGCGGACGACUCCUCCGCCGCGUCCCCCACGGAGCCCACGGCCGCGGAGAGACUAACAACAACCACGUCCUCAUCAGUGCCUUCGACAGCUUCUGCCAAACCAACUACUACAUCAUCUACCACACCAUCAGCAACACCUACAGCGCCUGCAACUACUACAUCUACAACCACGCCAGCAACCACACCAGCAACUACCACAACUUCUACAACCACGCCAGCAUCUACUACUUCCACGACUUCUACAACCACUCCAGCAACUACCACGACUUCUACAACCACGCCAGCAACCACCACAACAUCUACAACCACGCCAGCAACCACAACUUCUACAACCACGCCAGCAUCUACAACCACGCCAACUACCACGACUUCUACAACCACACCAGCAACCACCACAACUUCUACAACCACGCCAGCAACCACCACAACUUCUACCUUCUACAACCACGCCACAACCACCACAACUUCUACACCACGCCAGCGCCCAACCACACAACUUCUACAACCACGCAACCACACAACUUCUACAACCACGCCAGCAACCACCACAACUUCUACAACCACGCCAGCAACCACCACAACUUCUACAACCACGCCAGCAACCACCACAACUUCUACAACCACGCCAGCAACCACCACAACUUCUACAACCACGCCAGCAACCACCACAACUUCUACAACCACCCCAGCAACUACCACCACAUCUACAACCACUACCACCACAGCUUCUCCGCAUACAACCGCCACCACGGCUGCAACCACGCCGACGGCAGAGGAGGCUGGCUCGCAGGACCAGGUGGAGUGGCUCAUCCUCAGCGACGACGACCCGGCUCCGAGCGAAGUCGCCGCGGCGCCCCUCGUCCCUCCGGAGGUCGUCAUCAGUUCCGGCAUCGGGUUCGGCUCUAGCAACAACAACAACAACAACAUGGUCAAGAACGACGCUGCUUUAGGAACUCGAGUGGAAGACGCAGCCAGCCUUGCCUCGGAUGACGUCGUGAGCGUCGUCGAGGUGGUGAUGCCCACGCAUGAGGGUGCCGCUGCGGGUUCUGAUGUCGGUGCAGUGGAAGACGACCAGGUCAUGUCAGUCGUGGAGGUCAUUAUGCCAGGGGCCGAAGGGAGUGUCGCUGAGGAGGGAAGCGACUCGGCUGGAACUACAGCUGCCGAGGGCAACGCCGCAGAGAACACCCUCAAGGACGCAGCUGCGAUGGAGGAUGAGAUCGGAAUGGAAACGGACAGUGUCGCCUCCGUCGUCGAAGUCAUUAUGCCAGGAGAGGGCGGAACGGACGUCGGUGAUCAGAACGGUGAUCCUUCUGCCGAUGUGGCGGGUAUCGUGGAAGUCAUCAUGCCCACAGACGGCGAUAAAGCACCAAUGGACGUGGUACCCGAAGACCUCGACAAUGCCCCGGUUACAGAAGCCAUCGAAGCAGCCACAGAACCGAACAAGGAAACGGACGCUGAAGGUGACAAACCGACCGUUGCUGAGGAACCUGAAAGUAACGACCAGGGAACAGAAGCAGAGGAUGAAAUAAUCCCUCUGACUCCUGAGGAGGAAUGUGGAGGAGCCUUCCUCAAAGUGCGCGAGAAUAUCAUCUGUGGAAGUCGGCUUCGAGGCGAAUCCGUAUUCGAGGACAAAAAUUUUGAGGAUGAACGCUUCAGGGACGUGGAGAGGGUAUCGAUUCGCACCAUGGAAAAUGCCUCGCGUCGACUCCGCUUCUCCUUCGACUACGCGACCGACUGCCCCGUGCCCAAGACGACGACGACCCCGGCCCCGGUUCGCAAGACGGUGACGCUGCUGCAGUACCUCCUCGGCUGGUAUCGGUAAGGGUCGGAACGGGGGCAGACGCCGCACACAAGCUUCUUCAGCAAGGACGUGGACAAUGCCUGGAUCUACUAACGGUUAAUAAAGCCUGUUGAGUUUUCAUUUUUUUUAAAUCGUUGAACGUGUUAAGAAAUGUUGAAAUGUGUAAAAGUGUACAUACCUUUUUUGGGGGCGAAUGUGUGUUGUGUUUAAGAGCAUUUUUUACGGAGAAUUCAUAUUAUAAGCUAACUACUUUUGCCUAGUUGAUUUAUUGCAUAUUGGAAAUUAUGCAAUUUGUAACGGAGUGACAUGUAAAAAAAAGUUUUGGAUGAAGAACACCAUCUAUUGACGCGCUUCGGCUUAAUGUUUAUCCGUUUACAUGUGAUUUAGAUAAAAGAUUUAACCGAAGCGUGCCGAUUACAUCAUAUGACAGAAAAGUAAUUCAUUCUAUAUACAUUCUAUGUAUUGUUUUCAGUUCAUAUCAUAUUUUAAAGUGUAAACACUCAUAAUGAGUGUAUAUAAAAUUCUUUAAAAGAAAUUCGAUGUAAAUUCACAAAAAGCUCUAAACUUGGUUUGCAUAACUGCUAUUUAGUUUUAGUGUAAUGUACAGUAUUUAUUCUUUACUUAUUUAUUUAUCAAAACCCUUAAUUUAUAAAUAAUUUUCCUUUAUUUACAAACCAAACCCAAUGAAAAAUAUUACUGCAUUAUACUUCAUGAAUAAUGGCAAAUGUUUAUUUUUUUUCUAAAACAUGCCAUUAUUUACUUUGAAUAAUUGAAAUUGGAUGGAUAUACAUUUGGUAUAAAUCAACUCAUUUAUUUCCAUUUACUAAAGGACAGAAAUUCGGGAUUCAUUAAAGAAAACGGCAAUUUUGUAAAUAUCUUUUUUUACAUGUUGAAUCUUUUAAUUUUUAGUAUCUUUCAGUUAUCAUGUGGUAAUAUUUAUUUCAGGAAUUCUUUGAAAGUUGGGCAUUUUUACUUUCAGACAACUGAUGCCAUAAUAUGAAAUAUUAA